AUGCUUGCUCUUCUUCUUCUUACAAUAUAUUAGGUCAAGACUUUAACGGUUUAAUCUCAAGCUGUAAUUAAGGAAUUUAAUGAAAGAGAUGACCUUUUUUCAAUUAAAUUUAUAAUCACAUCUAGUGAUAAAAUAAAAACUAUAUCUAUCGACCUCAAAGAACUUAAGUGUUUACAAACAUCAACAAUAACACCAAUAAUUUUAAAUGCGGAUUAACAAAGCCCAUACAUAUUUACUAUGAAUUUUGAAACUAAUACAGUUAGUGUCACUUUGGAUAAAGGAUAGGUGGUUUAUUCCUAAUUAGAUGUACUAUUUGAAAUCACUGAUUUUUACUAUCCUACUUUCAACCAAAUUCUUAAUUAUGAUGUGAGGGUCAACAAUUAAGAUAUAAACACCUUUUAGCUAUCUAGAGGAAAGAGAUUUUUGAAUUCUUUAUAAAUUUCAAGUGGAUCAUCAAUAACAUAAGAAUACACAGAUUUAACUAUUUAGUUUUAAAGUAGGUAUAAUAACCAUCUUUAUGAUGUUAUUGUGAUUGCAAAUUUGAUUCUUCUUAUGCAUUUGAUCAAACAAUUUCAUCAUGUGAAGGAAUUGACAACAUCGGAAAGAAUUUAAAUUGUUGGUGAGGAUGAUUUCGUAGAAAAAAGCAAGGAUAAAUUGAUAAUAUUUAUAUUAAAAGGUUUUCUGAAUCCUUAUUAUGUUGGAACAUUUGUGAUAGAAGUAGUAAUAUAGCCAAUUCAAUUUUUAGAUACAACAAUAGUUUCUUCAAAUAAUUUUUUUAACUAUUAAGUCAAAAACUAGAAAAAAUCGUAAAUUAUUCUUACCUAAUAAAAUAAUUACAUUAAUUCAUUAUCGUAGAUUGAUUUUACAAUUCAUACUUAAAGAUUUAAUUAGUACCUUUAAUUAGAAAUAUAUAUUCCUAAUAAAUCAUCCGAAGAUCUCAUUAUUACAUCAAAAGAUACUAAUAUGUUAGUAGAGGUUAUCACCAUUAUUAACAAGAGUAAUUAAUUAUUAAAAUUAACUAUCAAUUAGCCAUAGACUAAUUAUGAUAUCAAAUUAGUAAUAGAAAAUUAUCUGAAUUCUGAUAUUCCUUCUCAAGAACAAUGUUUUUACUUUUUGACUGAAAUAGUUGACCUUACAGACGAUUAAUUAUAGAUUUAGUAUGGUAAAGGGAUCUUAAAUUUCAUUCCAAAUAACAUCAAGUUGUUAUCAAUUGAUACUACAAAUAACUAUAUCACCAAAAGUGCUAAAACCAUUGUUAAAUUUGGAAUCGAUAUUGUACUAUAAAAAGAUUCCUUAUUGUUGGUUAAAUUAAAUGAGAAUUUAAAUACAUCCAAAAUUUCAACACUAAAUUAAGUCUUAAAUGGUAAUACUUUAAGUUUAUAUGGAGUAUUCGCCUAAUAACAAUCAGAAUAUAUAAUCGAGUUUGAGAAUAUCAUUAAUCCAAUUAUGCCAUCUAAGUUUAGUUAUUUGGAUUUAUAAAUAAUAUAAUUAAAUGAAGUAUAUGCAAGUAAUCAGAAUUAAAUUGAAAUAGAGAUAGUACAUGAAAUUAUAACUAUGAGUAACUUUAAUCUUGGUUAUUUGAUAACAAACUCAUAUACGAAUAUGAACUUAGAUAUAAAUUUUAACUUAUAGCAUCCAUACUUGACUAACGUUGAAAUAAUAUUUGAUGUAUCAAAUAUAAAUUUCAAUUAACUUACCAAAUAAAUAGAAUGCUAUUUUGAUACAGCAUCUUACACUUGUUAAAUACAUCAAAAUAAAUUAACAAUUUUCGGAAUACUAUUUACAAAAAGCUCAGCUCAUUUAGAAAUUUAAUAUUUUCCAUAUCCAAGAUCACUACAAUCAUUAAUUAUAUAAUCAAUCAGACAAUUCAACAACAGCAUAACCCUUACAUAAUCAACACAAGCUUAAUCAACUUAACCUGUGUACCAGAGAGAAUUCAAUCAAUUCUAAAUAUCCUUGUAAUCUUAAACUAGGAAAUUAUAAACAGUACCAAUGAAUAUUAUCCUAAUUCCUUCAUAGGAUAUAUUAAAUUAAGAGUAUUUAAUUUUUAAGUUUGAUAACUAUUUGGAAAUUGAAGGUGAUGCCAUCUGCUAAAUAAAUAACAAUUUAGUCAGUCUAUAAUGUGAAUUCACUGAUGGAUAAAUUAAGAUCUUAAUCACCAGUGGUUCUCUACAUCAUAGUAUGAGUUACAGUAUUCUGAUAACUAAAAUAAAGAUAAUGCGAGAAUACUUAACCUUAUAGAUGAGUGCCUUCACAUAAAACAAUUACCUAUCAUAGUAAUCAUCGUGUGCUUUUAAAAUUAAAUAAUAAUCAUAAUCAUCUGAAUUUCUGGAAUUCACAUUUGAUCCUAUAAAUACUGAUUUUUCAAGCUAAAGUAAUUAUCAUUUAUUUUUUGAAAAUGCAAUCACUAUACCUGCUAAUGGGUAUCUAUAAUUAUCAUCUACAGAAUUAAGCAUUGAUUUUUUAUAAGGACAAGUGAUCCAAGUCUCUGGGGAUGAAGACAUUUCUAAUAUAAAAAUCUUUAAGUAAAACUAGAAAUACAGUUUAUUAUUCUAUUUCAAUAAAGAAGUAUAGAGUGGAAUGCAUCUAUUAAAAAUGUAAAAUGUUAGUAAUCCAGUUUAUUAACAAAGAAAAGAGUAUUAUACAUUCUCAUUGUAAAGUUACGAUCAAAAUAAUAAUCCUUUGGAAUUUAAAGAAUAUGAUCUCUAUUCAAUUUUUGUGUGCCCUUAAUCAAAAUGCUAAAUUUGCAAUUAAUAGGAAUUUUGUGAUAAAUGUGAAGCUCCAUAUAUAUUAUUUCAAGGUUAAUGUUUGAAAUAGUGUCCUAACAAAACUGUUUUGAUUGGUAACCAAUGUUAAAGAUGCAAUGCAGGUUUGAGUUGUUUAGAAUGCAGUAAUAUUGAUACUGUGUUAUGCUCUAGAUGCAGUGAUGGCUAUGAUCUGAUCGAUGGAUUUUGCAUAUGGACAAUAAUAUCAAAUUCAACUUAAAAUCAAAAUUCUACAAAUAAUACAUCUAAUCAUAAUAAUAAUACUAAUAGUAAUAAUAGUACUACAAAUUUGACAAAUACAACUAUUAAGUAACAAUAAAUUUAUGAUAUUCAAAUAUUUGCAAUUAUCGUAUUAUCUUUUGCAAUCGUAUUUAUACUUAGAAAUAUAUUUAGGAAAUAAACUGAUUUUAACAAUGCCUUUUUGGCUUUUAGUGGUAUUUUUGAUUUGAUUUUACAAUUUAGCCUUUUUGCUAUAAUUCUAAUAAACUACAGCAUUUCUUAAUCUAUUAUUUCAUUGGCUUUAUGUUUUGUUGCCAUCGUUUAACAACUUUAUGCUUAUCAAAUAAUUAAAUUACCAUUGCAAGUAGAUAUUGCUUAUUAGAAAUGCUAAGAACGUAGUAGAGUUGCCAAAGUAUUAAAAGUCAUUAUUUUGUUCAUUGAUUGGAAGACAAUCUUUAUCCAUAAAUCAGGAAUCACAAAUUCUAAAAUCUUUUCUGUUCAUUUUCAAGGUGAAAGCAAAUUAAAAAGAAUAUUUAGCUUUUUAUUCCUUGUUAAAAUUGCCGUUAAUAUAGCUAAUUUAGUUAUGUUAGGAAUUAUUUUAUUAUCAUAGAAUCAAAUAGCUUAAUUGAUUUAUGAAUCAAUUUGUUAUAAUCUGGCUAUGAUUAUCAUUUAAUUAAAUAAGUUUUAUUUGAUUAAGAAUUCUUUGAAAAAUGAUAUUCCUAUUGAUAUUAUGACAGAUUAAUUGAAUUAAGAUAAUGAGAAUGAGAACCAAAAUUAAUUUAAAAGCACAAGCAAAGUAACUCCAGAAUUAUGA